AUGGCUGCCCAAGAUGAGGAGCCCCGGAUCGCGGGAGCCGAUGACGACAUGGAGCAGCAGCGGCAUGAAGAAAGGUUCCCCCCUGAAGAGGAAGCUUCCAUGGUAGCGGACUCCAACGCGCACAAGACCGAGGCCAACUCUCUCUUUGGAUCGGGCAAGUACGACAUUGCCAUCAACAAGUACGAUGAGGCUCUUGCCGUCCUUCCCAACUAUCUGGACUAUGAGCUGGCCGUCUUACGAUCCAACAUUGCUGCCUGCCACCUGAAGCUCGAAGAAUGGAAGGAGGCCGUCACAAACGCAACAGCCGCCCUGGACUCUCUUGACAAGCUCGAGGGCAACGGCUCGUCGAAGAAGCAGGACCCCACCCCACCCGCGGCAGAAGACGAGGUGGAGGGUGAGAUUGUCAGCUCUGGUGCCAAAGCAGCCGGUCCGGCACUGGGUGAUGACGCCCAGCGCAAGCGUCCGGAUGAUAUCUCGAGAAUCCGCGCCAAAGCUCUCAUGCGUCGUGCUCGGGCCCGGAGUGAGCUGGGCGGGUGGUCCAACCUGGAAGGCGCAAUCGAAGACUACAAGCGGCUGUCGACCUUGCCUGCCUACGACACGCUGAUGAGCGCGACGGAUAAGAAGAUUGUCAGCACGCAACUCCGCGCCCUGCCGGCUCGUGCAAAGGCUGCGCAGGAGAAGGAGACGGCUGAGAUGUGGGCCAAGCUCAAGGACCUGGGCAAUGGCAUCUUGAAGCCGUUUGGCCUCAGCACUGACAGCUUCAAGAUGGUCAAGGACGAGAAGACGGGCGCAUACAGCAUGAACUUUGCUGGGGGGUCGGGCGGCAAGUGA